AUGAAUAGACUUAUUCACACCCCAACAGCAAAGUUCCGCCGCUUCAGGCGCCACCACCAUCAUGCCACCAGCACAACAGAUCCUAACCCUCUCCAAAUCCUAUGGCGGUACCAGAUACUGGAUCCGGACAGCGAGAUUGUAAUGUAUUGGAACCAUGUCUUCCUUCUCACUUCCAUCAUUGCACUCUUCAUCGACCCUCUCUACUUUUACCUCCCUUAUGUCGGUCCUCAGAACCGAGACCGAAUUACUAUCCAUUCAGACUAUAUUUAUGUUUGCUUAUCCAUCGACAAACAACUUUCUGUGUUGAUUACGUAUUUUAGGUCCAUUGCAGACAUGUUUUUCUCCCUUCAUAUUCUUAUGAAGUUUCGUACAGCUUUUGUUGCUCCUAGUUCUAGAGUUUUUGGACGGGGCGAACUUGUUAUUGAUGCUAAGGAGAUUGCAAUGCGUUAUCUCAAGUCUGAUUUCCUCGUUGAUCUGGCUGCUGCGCUUCCGCUUCCUCAGAUUGUCAUCUGGUUAGUAAUUCCGGCCACAAGAAACAACAGCACUGACCAUGCCAACACCACGCUCUCGCUUAUCGUUCUUAUUCAAUACAUUCCCAGAAUGUUUCUUAUCUUUCCUUUGCAUCAAAGGAUUGUAAGAUCUACAGGCUUUGUUGCCAAGGCUGCUUGGGCUGGAGCUGGAUACAAUCUAAUUCUUUACAUGCUGGCCAGCCAUGCAUUAGGUGCUUCUUGGUAUACAUUGUCCAUGGGGAGGCAAUUCUAUUGCUGGAAAUCAGAAUGUACGAAAGAGAAUAAAGCAGGAAUUGUUGGCUGCAUCCAUAGUUAUCUAGAUUGUAAUAGUUUGGGAAAUCCUGAACGCCAAUAUUGGAGGAAUGUUACCGAUGUUCCUGCUAAUUGUGAUGCACGUAACAGCACUCUCACGUUUAAGUAUGGAAUAUUUGCUGAUGCUUUUAUCAAUGAUGUUGCUUCCUCACGUUUCAUUGAGAAGUUCUUGUACUGUCUCUGGUGGGGCUUAAGAAAUCUGAGCUCAUAUGGUCAGACCUUGGAAACGAGCACAUUUCUGGGUGAGAAUGUGUUCUGUAUUCUCAUAUGCAUUAUUGGUUUAGUUCUCUCGGCACAGUUAAUUGGCAACAUGCAGACAAACUUGCAAUCAAUGACGGUGAGAGUUGAAGAGUGGAGGAUUAAGCGGAGGGAUACAGAAGAGUGGAUGAGGCAUCGUCAGUUACCUCCAGAUUUGCAAGAACGUGUUCGCCGAUUUGUUCAGCACAAAUGGCUUGCUACUAGAGGAGUUCAUGAAGAAUCGAUACUGCAUUCAUUGCCUUUGGACCUCCGACGAGAAAUUCAGCGACACUUAUCUCUGGCCCUUGUUCGUCGCGUCCCAUUCUUCUCACAAAUGGAUGACCAGCUACUCGAUGCCAUAUGUGAACGCCUGGUGUCAUCAUUGAGUACCGAGGGAACUUACAUAGUUCGAGAGGGUGAUCCAGUAAAUGAGAUGUUGUUUGUCAUCAGAGGACAAUUAGAGAGCUCAACCACUAAUGGAGGAAGGUCUGGAUUCUUCAAUUCCAUCACCCUUAGACCUGGUGACUUCUGUGGUGAGGAAUUACUCACUUGGGCCUUAAUGCCAAUAUCAAGUGCAAACCUGCCUUCUUCAACACGAGCUGUGAAAGCCCUUUCUGAAGUUGAAGCUUUUGCACUUGAAGCUAAAGACCUUAAAUUUUUUGCACAUCAAUUCAAGCGACUGCAAAGCAAGAAGUUGCAGCAUGCUUUUAGGUACUAUUCUCACCAAUGGAGAACAUGGGCUGCUUGUUUAAUACAAUCUGUUUGGAGAAGGUAUAAAAAGAGAAAGAUGACAAAGGAGUUAGCUUUGCGAAAUAGCAUUGGGUACAUUCAAAUUCCUGAGCGAGAAUAUUACUAUAGUCGAUCAAGCAGACGGAGAUUACGAGGAGUAGAGUGGUGGGAUGUAAUCGAUGACAACGCAGACAAUGUCUAUCAUCUCGUAGCCACAACCUUGGCUUCAAGAUUUUCCGCAGACACUAAAGCAGAGAUUCACCAGAAGAGUGGUUCGUUCUGCUUCCUCCAGCUUAAACAUGGGACACUUGUGUAAAUCAGAUGUGUCUGAUUUCAAUUUGACCAAGAAGAUUUUGAUUUCAUACAGGAAAAACUGGCUGUAAAUGAAAGAAAGUGGCGCUGACCAGAAAGUAGUCAGAAAUUUGUUUAAGAUGUACGUGCACUGCUUGACUGGAUGCAUUAUCACUUUCUUAAUUUAAUGUGUCUAAAUUUUUCAUCAUAAGCUGCCAAAUAGUUUUAAUAAAAUAGUUCAAGGCGCAGUUGAAACAAAAUAAAAAUAAAAGUAGUAAGGCGUUUGAUUUGAAAGUUGAGGCUGGUGAAGCACAACUAAUCUGCAACUCAAGAUGGUAGCCAUACUUCUCGCUUUCCAUGAUCUUUGUGUUAAGCCUUCCAUAGUGGCCGAUGGCUUACUCUUCAGAUCUGUGUAAGAAGCUGCAUCUCACUUUGAUCAUCGUUAAGACAUUUUAUAGCUUCAUCAAAAUGAUAUCCAACAAGCACUAGUACUGGUUUCUGGAAUAGCUUUAGUUGUGCCAUAGUGAUUGGGAUAAUUGUACUACUCAGGAGACAGUGCAACAGAAUUCAGUAAGCCAGAAAAUUAUAAACCAAAUUCGACAGACAGUUUGUUUCGAAUGAUGCACUUCCUUCCUGUGAGCACUAAGCACAUCUUUGCCUUCUCCAAUUCCAUCCCCAAUUUCCAGCCCCAGUAGAGAUAAAAUAUCAUGGUCAUAGAAUCUGCAAUAUAGAACAUUUUGGAAUUUUCUAAUUGCCA